UUAUUUCAAUGGAGACGACAAACAGAUGAUUGACUUCUUCUAUGAGGACAGAAAGGACGCCCUCCGAAGAGCCACAGCUCUGGACAAACGUAUUGUGACCGACGCUCAGGCGGUCGGCGGCGAGAGUUAUGUUAAAGUGGUGUCGGCAGCGCUCAGACAGGCGUAUGGAGGGGUGGAAAUGGUUGGCACAGUUGACAGGCCGUGGAUGAUGUUGAUGGAUGGUGUGUGUCAAACUGUAGACGCGAUUUACCCCCACUUUGCAGUGCAAUUAUAUUUGAAUCCAACGCUUUUGCGAUACCUUUUGGAACCACUGCUCGACUAUCAGGAAAAAGAUUUAUUCCCGAAUAAGUAUAGUUUGCAUGAUUUGGGAAAAUAUCCCAAAUGCAAUGGACAGGUGGGACACGAUUAUGAUAUGGAGGUGGAGGAGAGCGCCAAUAUGUUGAUCAUGAUGUCAGCCUAUGUCAGGGCAACCAAUGAUACAGAGUUUGCCAAAAAGCACUACAAAAUUGCAAAACAAUGGACACAGUAUUUGGUCGAUCACGGGUUGAUCACAGGCGACGCUUUAACAUCCGACGCCUAUUUGGAUAAAAUUACAAAUUCAACAAACCUUUCGGUCAAAGCUAUUGUAGGCAUCGGAGCGAUGGCACAGUUGGCUGAAGUGACCGACAAUGAGGCGGACAAACGACAGUACAGACAAAUCGCAGAGAACUAUAUCACAGAAUGGAUUGGUUUAAGUAAAGAUCCGUCCAAUAAAUACUUAAAAAUGAGUUAUAAUACACCCAACAAGUGGUUUAUGAUCUAUAACUUGUUUACUGAUGUCCUGUUGGACACCAAAUUAGUACCCGAAUCGAUCUACGCACAACAGGACGAGUGGUACCAACAGGUGAUGAAUGUCUACGGCUUGCCAUUAGGGAGUGAUAGACAGGAGACACUGAUUGAUUGGAUUAUGUUAACGGCGGCCGCGUCUGCGAACCCAACGUUACGGCAAUCAUUGUUUGAUCGGACGGCCAAAUGGUUGAGGGAAACGCCGACUCGAGUGCCGUUUCCCGACCACAUAAACACGGUUACGGGCGUGGGUUGGGAAUCGCCCGGUUGGGCAAAUCGUGUAGUUAUCGGCGGUGUAUUCGCGCCGUUAACUGUUAUGCACUAAAUAUAUUAUACAACUAAAC